AUGAUCCAGCGGGCUGACGUCAACGAGCUUCUGGUGAAGAAUGGAGACUAUCUGCUUCGAAAGACCAACGCAGGGGAAAGUCGACUUGCUCUGAGUGUUAAAUGGGCUGAUCAAAUCCGUCACUUCGUUGUGCUUGAGCAGGAAAAGGACGUCUUCUUCGAAGAACAAGGCCAUCACGAACCGGAGGUGGAUGCCCUGGUCAAAUGGCAUGAGCGUAAAAAGAAGCCAAUAACUCAACAAUCUGGAGCCAUCAUAAAAAGAGCAAUUGCGAGGGAGGAAUGGGUUUUGACACACGAAUCGGUGACGCUCGGUGAACAAAUAGGCGCUGGACAGUUCGGAGAGGUUUUCAAGGCCAAGUUCAAGACUACACAGGGCACCAAGGUUGACGUCGCAGUCAAAACACUGCGGGAUGGCGAAGCUGUAAGCAAUCAAAAGAGUUUCCUUUCAGAGGCUCGUCUUAUGCGACAACUUCGUCACGAGAACGUCGUGCGGAUGUUUGGAGUCGCUGUCUAUGAGCACCCAAUGAUGAUCGUCAUGGAACUGUGCACAGGUGGAAGCCUUCUUCAUCAGCUUCGUGCUCGUCAGACAUCACCCGAGGAGAAGUUUCGUUGGGGUUUUGAGGCGGCCAAAGGCCUUGACUACAUCAACUCCAUGGGGUACGUACAUCGGGACAUCGCUGCGCGCAACUGUUUGCUGACCGAAUCGACGACACUCAAGAUAGCUGAUUUUGGACUCACGCUCAAGACGAAGCAGGCCCAGAUGGAAAGCCUCGGGAAAGUUCCAGUCAAGUGGUUGGCUAAAGAGACGCUGGAGCUCGGCAUCUACAACGCCCACACAGACGUAUGGUCAUAUGGGGUCCUCUGUUGGGAAAUAUACAGCAACGGGAAGGAGCCAUAUCCGGGCAUGAGCAAUAUGCAGGCUAGAGCGCACAUUCUACUUCAUGGCUACCGAAUGCCGAUCCCUGAGGGUACACCUGAGAAGGUUGCUGAACUGAUCACCAGCUGUUGGAAUGGAAAUCCAUCUGAGAGGCCACACUUCAAGGAAAUUGUCGAGAUGCUACAAUAA